ACGGUGUGAUAUUAUCGAACAUGUGAACGAGUCACUCCUCUUUGUCUCUCUGGAACGGUCUGUGUUAAACCAAAUCACCAAGUUUCGCCAACCACUCAUUUUCGCACUCCACCCUCUCACAUCAUCUCCAUCUUCCCCAUCCCAAAAUCCAACAAAAACAACCUCCAGAAAGCAAAAACUCUCUAACCUCUUUGUGUAUUCUCUCUCUCUAAACACCUGAGGUCAUGGGUUGAAGAAGAAGUUUGGAGCAAUUAAUGGAGUGGGACAGCAAUUCUGAUCUGAGCGGUGACGAGGAAGGGUUCCUCUUGACCGAUGGCGGGCCGUUGCCGUUCCCGGUGGAGAGUUUGCUUCAUCCGGCGCCGUGCGGGUUCGUCGUCACGGACGCGUUAGAGCCGGACCAUCCGAUUAUAUAUGUAAAUUCUGUGUUCGAGAUGGUCACGGGUUAUCGAGCUGAAGAGGUACUUGGGCGUAACUGUCGUUUCCUGCAAUGUAGAGGCCCAUUUGCAAAAAGAAGGCAUCAACUGGUAGAUUCCACAGUAAUUUCAGAAAUACGAAGAUGUCUUGAGGAGGGGGUUGAAUUCCAAGGCGAUUUGUUGAACUUUAGGAAAGAUGGAUCCCCGUUGAUGAAUAGGUUGAGGCUGACCCCUAUAUAUGGAGACGACGAAACAAUAACUCAUGUUAUUGGAAUCCAGUUCUUCACAGAAGUAAAUCUUGAUCUGGGUCCUCUUCCAGGAGCUUUUACAAAGGAGUCUGCAAAAUCAUCUGAUAGGUUUCGUUCCAGUCUCUCCUCUUACCGACCAGUUCUAGAUGGGGACCGAAAUAUCAGUCGUGGCAUUUGUGGGAUACUGCAAUUGAGCGAUGAGGUCCUGUCUCUCAAGAUUCUUUCACGGUUGACGCCAAGAGAUAUUGCAUCUGUUGGCUCUGUCUCUAGGAGGCUCUAUGAACUAACGAAGAACGAGGAUCUUUGGAGAAUGGUCUGCCAAAAUGCAUGGGGUUGUGAAACUACCAGGGUUUUAGAGACCGUGCCUGGGGCAAAGAGGCUUGGGUGGGGUCGGCUGGCAAGGGAAUUGACCACUCUUGAAGCAGCAGCAUGGAGAAAGCUAACUGUUGGGGGUGCUGUUGAACCCUCUCGUUGCAACUUCAGUGCAUGUGCAGUUGGGAAUCGGGUGGUGCUUUUUGGUGGGGAGGGGGUCAACAUGCAACCAAUGAAUGAUACAUUUGUUUUGGACUUGAACUCCAGCAAUCCAGAGUGGCAACAUGUCAAGGUGAGCUCCCCACCUCCUGGUCGUUGGGGUCACACACUUUCUUGUGUAAAUGGAUCUAACUUGGUCCUGUUUGGAGGCUGUGGAAGGCAAGGCUUACUCAAUGACGUCUUUGUGUUGGACUUGGAUGCAAAGCAUCCAACUUGGCGUGAAAUUUCUAGUUUAGCCCCUCCACUUCCACGAUCAUGGCAUAGCUCCUGCACUCUUGAUGGUACAAAGUUGAUUGUUUCUGGUGGCUGUGCUGAUUCUGGGGUGCUUCUUAGUGACACUUUCCUGCUUGAUCUCUCAAUGGAGAAACCUGUUUGGAGAGAGAUACCUGUAACAUGGACCCCACCUUCUCGUUUGGGUCAUACUCUCUCUGUAUAUGGUGGUAGGAAAAUUUUGAUGUUUGGGGGUCUUGCCAAGAGCGGACCUCUCCGAUUCCGCUCUAGUGACGUGUUCACAAUGGAUCUGAGUGAGGAGGAACCCUGUUGGAGGUGUGUAACUGGGAGUGGAAUGCCUGGUGCUGGAAAUCCGGGUGGCAUAGCUCCUCCUCCAAGGCUUGAUCACGUGGCUGUGAGCCUCCCAGGUGGCAGAAUCCUCGUCUUUGGUGGGUCUGUAGCAGGCCUUCACUCAGCGUCACAGCUUUAUAUCCUGGAUCCAACUGAUGAGAAGCCUACGUGGAGGAUAUUAAAUGUACCUGGGAGGCCUCCAAGAUUUGCUUGGGGUCACAGUACAUGUGUUGUUGGAGGGACGAGGGCUAUAGUCCUCGGCGGUCAAACUGGAGAUGAGUGGAUGUUGAGUGACCUUCAUGAACUAUCUUUGGCGAGUUCUGUCAUCUAAUUUGGAAGAAAUGGAAUGGGAAGCUGUAUGUAGUCUGUAGCAUAGGAAUCAAAAGGAGUCCUCAACCUCGUGGGAUAAGAUCGUCUCAAAUAAUCAUUUUGUGGAGAUGAUGUUGGAUUUGCUAAAAAUGGUUGAUCAAUUUGGCCGUGGGUCAGCAAUCUUCUAUCAGCAUUUGCGCUUUUGUGCAUUUUCUUGUAUGAGGUAUUUCUGGCUCGUAAUGGAAUAAUUCUCUGGGUGACUUGAAUGCAGGUCUAAUGUUGUGAGGUUUUUAUGAAACUGUGUUCUGUACUUCGACUGAUAUUGGUAGGUAUCGUAUAUGUAGGUUUAGUUUCUACGCUAGUAUGCACAUGUGUUGUGGUUCAAGCUAUGUAUGUAAUUUGAACCCCUAGGUAAAAAAAGAAAAGUGUGUGUAUAUAGCAAGUGACAUAUGCUCCUUGCGUCUUUUAUAUUAGCUGAAACAAUGUUUCAUAUGUUAUCUUAAACAUCUCAUUUGGGUUCUCUCCCCUCUGGAAGCAAAGCAAAGCUCAGACUGUCUGUGUCACACCCCUGCUUCUUUGGCCUGGAUCCAGUCUCUCUGACAUGCGAACGUUGGUGGGACCACUUGAAAUUGUUGUUAAUUGAUAGAAAAAGGCUGCUGCUUCGUUGCGUAUUUAACCUACAACCGAUAAAGGGUAGAGAAGACCAGCGGGUUCACUCCUCGUCAGACUUCUUUUUUCUGUGCUGGUUCAUUUGUAAGAGUUACUGCCCAAAUGUAUACACGUGUUACGGGUUGAUUUUUAUUUUAGUUUUCGGAUGAUGUUAUCAGAGCCAAAUUGAUUUUGGUGUUUUAUAGCAUUUUGAACAAAUAGUAUAAUAAUAUGUUGUAUGGAAUCAUUGCUUAAAUUCCCAAAAAUGGUAUAAACCUAAUUGAAGUA